AUGCGAUGCGCGAGCAAGGCCGCCGAGAGCGCGUCCGCACGUCUCUGUGCGGACGCCGAGGCAGAAACCACAGCAACUGAUGUCUCAUCGGUUGCUGAAGCGACCCAGCCUGUGUCACUUGGUGAUGCAGGCGCUGGUCAUGAAGGCACUCAUGUCUUCACAGAGUACGAGCUCGGUGUCUCGUACUCUCCUGAUACGGAGGACGGAUCCGUAUCGACGGCGAUCGAAUCCAAGCCUCCUACCAAGCGUGGCAUGGAUGAUGCUAUACGUCGUAGCAUCUUUGGUUCAUCUGAUGAAUCAGAUGAACCAUCGCCGAAGCGAAGGCGCUCGAGGUCGCGAGACUCGGGCGCUAACAGUGGUGUCGGUUCUCCUAUGGACACCACUUCGCAACGAGGUGCCAGUCCUUCUGUCGGCACGUCGCAGGAAGAGCGGGACCGCAAUGUCUUGCGUCUCGCUCCCGAGAAGAAGGCAUGA